CCGACUUGUUUUGUGUGCCAUUGACUUCCUUGCCGUCACUGUUUUUGUGCGCGACUUCUUUACACUUUCUAAUCGCACCUUCCGCGCCCAGGCGUAUACUCUCGUUUGCUACUGCCUUUCACCGUCUGUCGCUUCUCUGCUAUUUCGUCUUCGUCUACGAAAAGCUCUUCGCUCGCCACAACUUCUACCAACGAACUUAUUCCGUCACUCACACAAACACCGUCACAAUGAAGACCGUCGCCAUUGCUGCCGUCGCCGGCGCCCUCGCCACAUCCGUUGCCGGCUCUGCUAGCCCCGUCCAGAAGCGUACCGAUGUCACAACCAUCACCGUCAAGGGAAAUGCUUUCUGGAAGGGCAGCGAGCGUUUCUACAUCCGUGGUGUUGACUACCAGCCUGGUGGCGCAUCUGACGCGAAGGACCCCAUUGCCGACGCUGAUGGCUGCAAGCGCGACAUCGUCAAGUUCAAGGAACUUGGUAUCAACACCGUCCGUGUCUACACUGUCGACAACACUGCCGAGCACGACACUUGCAUGAACGCCCUCGCUGACGCCGGUAUCUACCUUGCUCUUGAUGUCAACACCCCCAAGUACUCGAUCAACCGUGCCUCUCCCCAGGUCUCCUACAACAAGGUGUACCUCCAGAGCGUCUUCGCGACCGUUGAGAAGUUCGCUGCCUACUCCAACACAUUGCUCUUUUUCUCCGGAAACGAGGUCAUCAACGAUGACUCUACCACCAACUGCGCUCCUUUCGUCAAGGCUGUCACCCGUGACAUCAAGUCGUACAUGAACGCUCGCAAGCUCCGCAAGGUUCCCGUCGGCUAUAGCGCUGCUGACGUUGAGUCCAACCGUUACGAGAUGGCCGCCUACAUGAACUGCGGCGAGGACUCCGUUCGCUCUGACUUCUACGCCUUCAACGACUACUCGUGGUGCGACCCUAACACGUUCACUGGUGCUGGUUGGGACCAGAAGGUCCAGAAGCUCAGCAACUACAGCAUUCCUAUCUUCCUCUCCGAGUUCGGUUGCAACACCAACACGCGGGAGUUCAACGAGGUCAAGUCCAUCUACAGCACCGACAUGUCUUCUGUCUACUCCGGCGGUCUUGUCUACGAGUACUCCCAGGAGGACUCCAAGUACGGUCUUGUCGAGAUCGACGACACCAGCGUCAAGGAGCUUACCGACUUUACAACCCUCAAGAACGCCUACGCCAACGCCACUGACCCCUCCGGUGACGGUGGUUACAAGUCCAGCGGUUCUGCCUCCACCUGCCCUUCGAAGUCCUCGUCCUGGAACGUCACUAUCAGUGAUGACCAGCUCCCUGCCUUCCCCAGCGGUGCUAGCGACUACCUCAAGAACGGUGCUGGUACUGGCCCUGGUCUCAAGGGCUCCGGUUCCCAGUCUUCCGGCUCCCAGGAGACUGACUUGGCUGGUGCUGGCGACGGCGCUGUCACUUCCGGUGCUGCUGGCGGUUCCACCAGUACCUCUACUCCCAGCAAGGGUGCCGCUUCUGCCCUCCGCCCCGGCGAGUUCUCGUUCGCUCCCCUUGCUAUGGGUGCUGUUGUUCUCGUCUCCUCCCUCUUCGGUGGUCUUCUCGUCUUGUAAGAUUAGUCGCAUAAGCAGGCCAUUUCUCCCAUGUCUUAGCGCUGUAUGAGGUUACAGGCAGGAUGUAAUGCAAAGACCCAGUGCGGGCACCGUUUUCUUGAUGUUAGACUUUCCUUGGUGUUGUCGGCUCGUAACGAUGGUCGACCUGGCGUCUUUGACGAGAUUCGAUCACUUUGGUCGUUGUAUAUAAAGUAGAAAUCAGAAAGAAAAUUCAAGUCCA